AUGUUUAGUGGGACAAGCAAACAAGCGGGAAAAUUUAAAAAUAGGUUCCUAACCAGGAGGACAGGGAAUGUAGGGGACUUAACAGACGCGGUGAUAAGUAGAAAGAGGAAAGAUAGAGAAGAAGAAAGUGUGUUGAGACUGAGAGCGGACUGUGAGGAAAGCGAGGUUUUUAAGACGAGUAGGUUAGUGGGAAAAUCGCCGGAAAAAAGACCUGAAAUGGAGGAGAUUCUAAAAAAAUUGGAAAAGCUAGAAUUAAAGAGGAAUGUGGAAAAGUGA